UUUGAGUUGUAAUAUACGUUUUUUGUCUCUAGGGCUAGGGUUUUUGGAGCGCCACGAAGGGCGAUGGUCGCGGCAGCAAUGCCGGAUCUUCAAGCUGCGGUCGACGAUUUCGUCAUCAAGCUCAAACGCAGACAAGUGGAGGGGUCUCUGGCCACCGCAAAAUCGACUGUGCUUCUACUUAGGCAAGUGGUUUCGCACCAAAGAAUUCCCUCGUCCGGCCCAGCUUCGAGCCUGAUUGAUGCUGUCAAGUCUGUGGGAUCGCGCUUGAUAGCAGCCAACUCCAUGGAGCUUGCUGUCGGUAACAUGGUUCGUCGAGUUCUACACAUAAUUCGCGAAGAAGAAGCCACGAUUGUUGCGGCUCAAGUUGGAGUUACUCCCGUGUCCGACAGUGAUGACGAUGCGGACGUCGAUGGUGUUCCUGGACUUUCGGCUGUUGCUCUGGCAGCUGCAAAUAGAACUGCUCUGAGAGCUCCUUCGCUUCACAAUCUGCUGGAAUCACUUCCAACUUCUGCCGGAGCUAACGUGGAACCUGUGCCCGAGUCCGAUACCAAAAGCAGAUCGAGUGACAAGAACUCUAAGAGCUGGAAGCUGAAGCACGGUGUAAUCGACGCCAUUGGUCUCCUUCUUGGCGAAAUCGAGAACUAUCAUUCGGAGAUUUCAGAGCAAGCGCUGGAGCAUAUACACCAAAACGAGGUGAUCCUCACGCUUGGACGAUCAAGGUCACUGCUUCACUUUUUUCGAGAGGCGAAGAAGAAAAGAUCGUUUCAGGUUUUUGUAGCUGAAGGAGCUCCAAGGUACCAAGGACAUAAAUUCGCCAAAGAGCUUGCUGCAAUGGAGCUACAAACAACAGUUAUCACAGACUCUGCUGUGUUUGCAUUGAUCUCUCGCGUCAAUAUGGUUAUUGUAGGCGCUCAUGCUGUUAUGGCCAAUGGUGGGAUAGUCGCCCCGGUUGGCAUGCAUAUGGUGGCUCUCGCAGCUCGUCGUCACGCGGUUCCUUUCGUGGUUCUCACAGGUCUCCACAAGCUCUGUCCAUUGUACCCACACAAUCCAUCGGUUGUACUGAACGAGCUAAAGUCGCCUUCGCAAGUUUUGGAUUUCGGAGAGAUGUCCGACUGCCUGGAUGGCACCGACGGCUCUCCAGUUCAUGUGGUGAAUCCCAUGUUCGACUACGUGCCGCCAGAACUCAUCAGCCUGUUCAUCACCGACUCUGGUGGCCACAAUCCAUCCUAUGUGUAUAGGCUCGUAGCGGAGAUUUACAGCCCUGAGGAUCACUAAGUAGGAGAAGCGCGAGAAGACGAAGUUUGUGAAGGUUUGGAUCAUUUCCUCUAUAGAUGUUUUAUCUUAUGAGAGCUGUGCUAUUUGACACAGCUAUUUUUCUCAA